AUGACCAGGAGGGCGCUGAUCACUCUCCUGCUUUUGGGCCUGCUCAUUGGUUUUUCUGUACUCUGGUUCUAUGUUUUCUGGAGCUGUGGUCCUCGCCCCUGUGAAUCACCUGUGUGUCUGGAGCUCCUGACUCGCUACCUAGCCUACGGAAACACCAGUGUGGCCCCCUGCGAGGACUUCUUCAGUUUUGCCUGUGGUGGCAAAGCCAACGGGACUAGUCAUGCUUUUCAGGCUCUGGCAGAGGAGAACAAAAGCAGGCUGCAGAGACUACUAGAGGCCCCAGGGUCUUGGCACCCAGGAUCUGGGGAGGAGAAAACCUUCCAAUUCUAUAAGUCUUGCAUGGACACAGAGGCCAUUGAAGCUGCAGGGGCUGGUCCCCUUAGACAAGUUAUUGAGGAGCUUGGAGGCUGGAACUUCUCUGGAAACUGGACUUCCUUAGACUUUAACCGGACGCUGAGGCUUCUCAUGAGUCAAUAUGGCCACUUCCCUUUCUUCAGAGCUCAUCUUCGACCUCAUCCUUCCCCUCCACACACACUGGUCAUCCAGAUAGACCAGCCAGAGUUUGACAUUCCUCUCAAGCAAGAGCAGGAACAGAAGAUCUAUGCCCAGAUUUUUCGUGCGUACCUGACAUACCUGAAUCGCCUGGGAACCUUGCUGGGAGGUGACCCUGAACAUGUGCAGCGACACGCUUCCUUGUCCCUCACCAUCACCUCCAGGCUGUCCCAGUUUCGGAGGCCCCUAGAACAGCAGCAGGCACAGGACAAGUUCUUCAAUAAUAUUACUAUUGAUCAACUGCAGGAAAUGGCCCCUGCCAUCGAUUGGCUGUCCUGCUUGCAAGCAACGUUUACACAGAUGUCCCUGACUCCCUCCCAGCCCCUGGUGGUCCAUGACCUGGACUAUUUAAGAAACAUGUCACAACUGCUGCUGAGCCACAGGGACUGCUUGCAGAGCCACAUGAUCUUCGGGCUCGUGGGGAUCCUUUCCCCAGCCCUGGACAGCAAAUUUCAGGACGCACGCAGAGAGCUGACCCAGAAACUGCUGGAGCUGACAGAAGGACCACCCAUGCCAGCCCAACCACGAUGGAUGAAGUGUGUGGAGAAAACGGGAACUUUCUUUGAGCCUACGCUGGCAGCCUUAUUUGUUCGUGAGGCAUUUGGCCAGAGAAUGCAAAGUGCUGCCACGGAGUUGUUCACUGAGAUCAAGGAUGCCCUCGUCCUGUACCUCAAAAAACUUCCCUGGAUAAGUGAAGAGACCCGGAAAGAGACCCUGGACAGGGUCACCCAACUGAAGGUGGAGAUGGGGGCCCCCCAAUGGGCCCUGAAGCCAGAAGUGGCCAGCCAGGAAUACAGUGAUAUACAAAUCGGACCCAGCUUCCUGCAGUUUUUACUGAGCUCUGUCCGGUCUCUUCGGGCUAGAAAUGUCCAGAGUUUGUUGCAGCCUUUCUCCUCCCACAGAUGGCAAGUGUCUCCCUGGGCAGUCAAUGCUUAUUAUUCCAGAACUGACCACGUGCUGGUCUUCCCAGCUGGCCUUCUCCAACCUCCCUUCUUCCACCCUGACUACCCAAGAGCGGUGAACUUUGGCGCUGCUGGCAUCAUCAUGGCCCACAAGCUCCUGAACAUCUCCCACCAGCAUUUACUCCCUGGAGGCUUCCAAGCCUGUGACCCCCACGCCCUACAGGAGGUGCUCCUGUGCUUGGAGAACCAUUAUGCCGCCUUCCCGCUUUCCAUCAGACCUUCCUUCAACAGCUGCCACCCUCUCCUGGAGAAUACUGCCGAUAUGGUUGGACUGGCCAUUGCUUUGCAGGCUUACAGCAAGAGGCUUUUACUGUACCGUGGGGAGACCACCCUGCCUGGCAAGGCCUUCACCCCACACCAGCUCUUCUUCCGAAGCUAUGCCCAGGUGAUGUGUGGAGAGCUCAAUACUCAGGACGCUCGGGAUACUCAUAGCCCCCCCAGUCUUCGAGUCAACGGACCCCUCAGCAACCACCCAGCCUUUGCCAGUAAUUUCCAUUGUCCGCACGGUACCCCCAUGAACCCCUCCAGCCACUGCCAGUUCUGGUGACUCGACUAUCCAAGAGACCACAGGCAACUGCACACACCUGUCAGGUCGUAACCAGGGAGUCGGAGACAUACUUUCUUUCCUCUUCAAU